AGUGAAGAAAAUUGGUUAAUUAUCAGGGAAACCGGAGAGAAGAGCAAGAUGUCAAGAAUAAUAAUAAAAAAUCUUCCCAAUAAGAUGAAAGAGGAAAGACUGAAGUCCAUAUUUGGGAAGAAUGGCCUGAUUACUGAUUGUAGUAUGAAAUUCACAAAAGAUGGCAGAUUCCGAAAGUUUGCUUUCAUUGGAUUCAGGACAGAAGACGAAGCCCAGUUUGCUAUCAGACAUUUUAAUGAAACAUUUAUUGACUCAUCAAAAAUUACAGUUGAGGUAGCAGCAGAUUUAGGUGAUGCAAAAAAGCCACGAUCAUGGAGUAAGUAUGCUGCCGAUAGCUCGGCCUAUCAGAAAGCAAAGGCUCCAAAAGAAAAGGAAGCUAAGUCAUCUGGGCAGGACAACAAGGUUACACCAAAGGAAAAGAAAGAGAAGAAGAAGACUGCUAAAGAAAAGGCUUUGGAUGAGAUGAUUGGUGACCUGAAGGAUGACCCUGGCUUUGAGGAAUUUAUGGCUGCUCACAAAAGAUCUGGUAAAAAAACAGUGUGGGACAAUGAUGCAGAUGUUAUGAUGCCAAAAGCUUCAAACGAUCAGUCUUCUGAUGAGGAAGAAGAUGAAGAUGAUAAUCUAGAAGAGGAAGAUGAGGACAGCGAAAAAGAUACUGAAGAUAAGGAACAUAAAGAAGUGAAAAUUGUAGAAGAAAAAGACAAGACUGCAUCUAAAGCAGAUGUAUCUGAUAUGGAGUACCUAAAGUCCAAAAUAUCAAAAAGAGACUUGCUGGAUGAUUCUAGUUCUGAUGAGGACGAGGACAGUAGUGGUGAUGACGAUGAUGAUGAUGAUGAUGAUGAUGAUGAUGAUGAUGAUGAUGAUGAUGAUGAUUCUGAAGACAGUGGGAAAGAAGUGGAUUUAAAGGCAGAUAAGUCCAAGAAAAAAGAACCUGCACAAAAACCAACUCAGAAAAAAGUAAAUGAUCCAGGACUUGUGGUAAAAAUGAAAGGACUAAACAUUUCCAGUGGAGAGAAAGCCGUAAAGGAGUUUUUCAAGCCUCUACAUUUGACUUCUAUCAGGAUACCGAGGAAUGCAAAAAAGAAGCCUCUAUAUGGGAUUGCUUAUGUAAGUUUCAAGAAUACAAAAGACCUGGAAGAGGCCAUGAAGAAGAAUAAGAACUUUAUUGGUGGGAAGCGUAUCUUUCUGAAGAAGUGUACCCAGACAGAAAAAGGGGCCCCAGUACAGUGGGAAGAUGUUCCAAAACCAUGGGAGAUAAAGUACAAGGAGGAGGAUGGAGAAGAGGAAACAGUCGCAGAGUCAGGCAGGAUCUUUGUCAGGAAUCUGACUUAUUCAUGUACAGAGGAAGAUCUUCAAAAGUUAUUUGAAAAAUAUGGUCCAGUGUCAGAAAUUCAUCUACCUAUUGACAGUCUGACAAAGAAAAUGAAGGGAUAUGCCAUUGUUACAUACCUGAUGCCAGAGCAUGCAGUGAGUGCAUUUGCAGAAUUAGAUGGAACUACCUUUAUGGGAAGAUUGAUGCAUCUGAUUCCCGCUAAGUCCAAAAAGGACGAUGAAGCUGCAACUUCAGAGGGCUCAUCAUACAAAACCAAAAAGCAGGAGAAACUAAAGGCUUUGGCUGGCAGUUCUCACAACUGGAAUUCUCUAUUCCUUGGGGCUAACACAGUGGCAGAUGUCUUGGCAGAAAAGUAUAAUACAGAGAAAAGUCACAUUCUUGAUGCUGAGGCAAAGCAGAGUCUGGGAGUGAGGAUGGCCCUAGGGGAGACCCAGAUUGUAGCUGAGACACGUGACUUCCUGUUAGAGGAGGGAGUGGCACUUGACAGCUUCAGUCAGCCUUCAGCAGCAAGGAGCAAAACAGUGUUACUAGUGAAGAAUUUACCAGCAAGCACCAAGGCUAAGGAGCUUAGGGAAUUAUUCAGUAAACAUGGGACAGUGGGUCGAGUUGUUCUUCCUCCGUCCGGUGUGACAGCUAUUGUAGAAUACCUGGAACCAACAGAAGCCAAGUCAGGCUUCAGAAGGCUUGCUUACUCUAAGUUCCAACAUGUCCCCCUAUACCUUGAAUGGGCUCCAGUGGAAGUGUUCAAGGUUCCAGCCACUACACCAGCGGCCAAGGAGGAAGGAAAACAGCAGAAAUUGGACACUGAUGUAAAGGACGAAAAGGUUGAGAAGAUGGAAACAGAUCAGAAGAUGACAGUGAAACAGGAAGAGGAGGUUUCAUCAUCAGAAGAAGAGGAUUCUGAGCCAGGGGCAACAUUAUUUGUGAAAAAUCUCAACUUCGGUUCAGAAGAGGAUGACCUCAGAAAGAAAUUCAAGAAAUGUGGCAAGAUAAAAAGUGUUUCCAUCGCCAAGAAAAAGGACAUGAAAAACAUUGGAAAUUAUCUGUCAUUGGGGUAUGGCUUUGUCGAGUACUAUGAGAAAGCAAGCGCAGACAAGGCUUUGAAGACACUGCAACAUUCUGACCUGGAUGGUCACACGCUGGAACUCAAAGUUUCACACCGUCAAACAGGAAACGUGGAAACAAAACCUAAGAAAAAGAAGGCUAAGACAACGAAACAGAAAACCUCCAAAAUCCUUGUAAGGAACAUACCAUUCGAGGCAAAGAGGAAGGAGGUCUUUGAACUCUUCAAGACCUUCGGUGAACUGAAAUCUGUACGCCUUCCAACCAAAGUUAGUGGAUCUGGUACACACAGGGGUUUUGGAUUUGUUGACUUUCUUACAAAACAGGAUGCAAAGAGAGCAUUUGAGGCCCUAUGUCACAGUACCCAUUUGUAUGGGCGACGUCUUGUUUUGGAAUGGGCUGAAGAUGCAGAAGAUUUGCAGGAACUACGACGUAAAACAUCAGAGCAUUUUCAUGAGGAUUCUCCAUUGAAUAAGCGUGUGAAGAGAUCAGCCAUCAUGGAUACACUGGAGAUGUCUCACAAAGGAUCCUGAUGUGGGAAACAAGCGAUUUUAUAUGUAAAAAUUUGUCAAUAAAAUAUAAAAUAAUA